CGGAGUGUUCCAGAAGAAGGCGCGCGGGGUGGAGCGAGAGUUCUAGAACGCGAGGAGAGCGCGCGCGGCUGCUGCGGUAGAGCGGAGGGUAAAUAAGGGAAUAAAUAAAGGUAAAUACUGAAUAAUCGCCAUGACGACCAUCGACUACAGCGUGUGGGACCACAUCGAGGUAUCGGACGAUGAGGACGACACGCACCCUAACAUCGACACACCGAGCCUGUUCAGGUGGAGGCACCAGGCUCGUGUGGAGCGCAUGGAGGCCUGCCAGAAGAAGGGCGAGGAUCUGGAAAGGAACCUGACGGAGAGCCGGAGGAAGCUGCAGGAGGCUCAGAAGAAGGUCCAGGAGCUCUCGCUCCUAAACACUGAGGAGGCCAAGAAGCAGCUGGUCAAAGCCCAGGAGGAGGAGAAGCGGCUGAAGAAGGAGGAGAGGAGCUGCGAGAAGAAGCUGGAGGAGCACCGGCGGGAGGAGAAGAAGAUGCCCUGGAACGUAGACACGCUCAGCAGAGACGGCUUCAGCAAGAGUGUGCUGAAUGUGAAGCCUGAAGUGAAGGAGGAGACGGAGGAGGAGAAAGAACAGAAGCACAAAACCUUUGUGGAGAAAUACGAGAAACAGAUCAAACACUUUGGGAUGCUGCGCCGCUGGGACGACAGUCAGAAGUACCUGUCCGAUAACCCUCACCUGGUCUGUGAGGAAACCGCAAACUACCUGGUGAUCAUGUGCAUCGACCUGGAGGUGGAGGAGAAACACGCUCUGAUGGAGCAGGUGGCCCACCAGACCAUCGUAAUGCAGUUCAUCCUGGAGCUGGCCAAGAGUCUGAAGGUGGACCCCCGAGGCUGCUUCCGUCAGUUCUUCACCAAGAUCAAGACUGCAGAUCAGCAGUAUCAGGACGCCUUUAACGACGAGCUGGAGUCGUUUAAGGAGCGCGUCCGUGGCCGAGCCAAGAUCCGCAUCGAGAAGGCCAUGAAGGAGUACGAGGAGGAGGAGCGACAGAAACGCCUCGGCCCCGGAGGACUGGACCCGGUGGAUGUGUACGACUCCCUGCCCCAGGAGAUGCAGAAGUGUUUUGAUGAGAAAGACAUUCAGAUGCUGCAGGACGCCAUCAGCAAAAUGGAUCCCACGGAGGCGAAGUACCACAUGAAGCGCUGUAUUGACUCCGGGCUGUGGGUCCCCAACUCUCGGACGGACGACGACGCGGAGAAAGAAGAGAAGGAGGAGGAGCCUCAGUAUGAGGAAGUGAAGAAGGAGACGAGUGACGGACAGGACAAAUCAGACUCUAAAUAAACGACAACACCCACAACAGUCAUAACAUUCAACGCCGUAAACAUGUUCAACAUCUCCUCUAAACCCCCCCAACACUGCUUCGCCAUUAGUACCUCCUCUAAACUCGCCCCAACACUGCUUCGCCAUUAGUACCUCCUCUAAACCCCCCCAACACUGCUUCGCCAUUAGUACCUCCUCUAAACUCGCCCCAACACUGCUUCGCCAUUAGUACCUCCUCUAAACUCGCCCCAACACUGCUCCGCCUUUAGUACCUCCUCUAAACCCCCCCAACACUGCUCCGCCUUUAGUACCUCCUCUCAACCUGCCCCACCACUGUUCCGCCAUUAGUACCUCCUCUAAACCCCCCCAACACUGCUCCGCCUUUAGUACCUCCUCUAAACUCGCCCCAACACUGCUUCGCCAUUAGUACCUCCUCUAAACUCGCCCCAACACUGCUUCGCCAUUAGUACCUCCUCUAAACUCGCCCCAACACUGCUCCGCCUUUAGUACCUCCUCUCAACCUGCCCCACCACUGUUCCGCCAUUAGUACCUCCUCUAAACUCGCCCUAACACUGCUCCGCCUUUAGUACCUCUUCUAAACUCGCCCCAACACUGCUUCGCCAUUAGUACCUCCUCUAAACCCCCCCAACACUGCUCCGCCUUUAGUACCUCCUCUAAACCCCCCCAACACUGCUCCGCCUUUAGUACCUCCUCUAAACCCCCCCAACACUGCUCCGCCUUUAGUACCUCCUCUAAACCCCCCCCAACACGGCUCCGCCUUUAGUACCUCCUCUAAACCCCCCCAACACGGCUCCGCCUUUAGUACCUCCUCUAAACCCCCCCAACACGGCUCCGCCAUUAGUACCUCCUCUCUGCCCCCGCCCUCAGUACAUUCUCACAGCCCUGCCCCAGCGCUGUUACAAUCUCCCACAAUCCCCCUCAUUUCAUUUCACAUUAGACUUUUUUCUCCAAAGCUGCUCAGCUGUUGUGAUUAGUGCUGAUUAAAGAGUGUUUUAAGAGAGUAUUAGAGGUCAGAGGUUAAUUGGCCCCACCCCCUGACCGCUGCAUGCUGAUGAUCGUUGCUGAUGGAGUAACUAUGGUUCCUGAACUAAUUAUGUUCAUUAAAGUCAUCAGAGCGCUCAGAGGCGAUGAUCAGCCGUCACUCCGUACAGACGUUAUUUACUCCGUGUUUAUUGUUUAGAGUUAAUAAACAGAACUUCUUCAGAUGAUAACAGUAAUAAACACGCAGAGGAGUGAACUGUUCAUUCAUUCACUGUUUCUGUGACCCUGUUGUAUAAAAAGUGCUCGUUUUUUUUUUUGUUUAUUUCUCCGCUCUGAUGUUCGUCAGGACUUCAGUGUUUUUUAGUUUUGUUUUUUUCAGUCAGACGUUUAUAUUCAGUUUUUCUUUUAUUUUUACUAGUUUGUGUUGCUAAGUAAAGGUCUGCUGUAAACACG